AGAGUUCAUCAAGAAAAUAAUGGAAUCAUCUCUCAUGUGAAAAGAUGGUAGACGGCAGGACACGUGACGUCACAGGACUCGAAGCUCCCGAGCGUUCCUAGCGGCAGUUCUCAGAAGUACGUUCACUCGAUAGGACGAUUGUCGUCUGGCGCACGACAAGCUUCAAGCAAUAUGGCGAAGUGUGUCAUGGGCUCGGUGAGACGUAGUGUCGUUUGAAAAGAUGAAAAGUUCGCGGAAUGGGUUGAGAAUAAUGUAGCGCUAUGAAGAUCGUGUGAAUAUUAUAUUUGUGUAUUCAAAAGCGUUGAGUUGUUCCUUGUGAUCGGAAUAUACAGUGCGCGUUACCGGUGUGAAAUCAUGGCUACGGAUAAAAUAAAGGUUGCCGUUCGGGUUCGGCCGUUCAAUCGUAGAGAGCUGGAACUCGGUACACAAUGCGUGGUCGAAAUGUCCGGACAGCAAACCAUCCUGCAGCAUCCCACCACGAUGGACAAGAUCGAACGCAUGGUACAAUUAUUGUAUAAUGAAAAGUGGAUGGAAAGAGUAUUGGAUCAGGUAUUUUCUUCAGAGAAAAAUCACUGAGAUUAUUGAGUUAUUUUGAG